AUGGUAGUGGGACAGGAGCAGUCAUAUUUUGAACAGAGACUGUUCUUCUGGUGGAGACGACACUUGACCAGUCUCUCUACCAGUAUCUCUACACUUGACCAGAUCUACUACCAGUAUCUCUUACCAGAGACACCUCAACGAACGCGAUUUAAAGGGGCAGCCUUCAGAUAUCGAUUGGUGUUGAGACUAGGACACCCGACCGACAGCAACAUUCGAGUAUGUAGUCUGCACUUCAGUCAGGACGACUACGAAUCUCCGCCAAGCAUCGUGAAAUCUAUCGGCGUCAGUUUCCGGGUCUUCCUCAAGCGUGGUGUCACCCCGUCACAGAAUCUGCCAGGCAGCAGCGAGUCGAGGAAAAGACAGAGAUUGGACGCCGGCGAUGUACCACUUGCUGCUGAUGAAACUAUCGGCGCGAGGACGAUUGAGCCAGUUGUCGGCCAACCGGGGUUGACAGAUCACGGUCGGACAGUUUGCCGUACAGACGUGGCGCAUCCCACGGUACCCGUUGCUGAACGCGAGGUCCCUUUGGCGACUUUGACUGACCCCACAGACACUAUAUCUCAAUCGCAAAUCACUGGCAGCAACGACAGCAACUGCAGUGCAGCGAAUGAAACAGGAUAUGACAGCUACACAGAUGAAGGCACAGAUAUUCCACACGAUCCUCAACCGUCACAGAAGAGCGUUGGUACACAGGCACAAGGUCCUGUGAAGGUGACCAGAGGUGUACAGACAUGCAGGCAAAAGGGACAUUCAAAGGGCAGCCAAGCCAGCCUUGAUGCAAGGCCAAUGAAAUCUGUUGGCGUACAAGCUGACCUCAUGUGCAACUCGUCUGCAAAUGAGAAACGUGCUAGAUCACUCUCUCCCAUCCGUUUGCGUUCCUCGACGCCACUCACUGGUGACACAGCACCUGCAAUGGACAGUAUUACCAGUGAGGAGGACCUGUCAAUGGCACAAUGUCCAGAUGAUCCAUCGUAUACACCAACCCUUGACAGCACAGUACUGAGCACAAUGCUUGACCCUUCUCCUCACGAAGACAACAAGUAUAUUGUCUUUGAGAGCGAGUUGAGAAAGCUCUUUCAGACUUGCCCCACAUGUCUACAGCGGUGUGAGGCAGCAUUCACUUCGAAAGGAACACUCCUUCGGGUCACAUAUUCGUGCAAGGAUGGCCACGAGAGAAUAUGGGAGAGCCAGCCCUAUAUUGGCAACAAGCCAGCUGGGAAUGUUCUUUUGUCAGCAGCAAUGCUCUUCAGCGGGUCAAACCCUAUUCCGACACUCAGGAUGCUGGACCUAAUGAAUAUCAAGGUCUUCUGUGAGCAGACCUAUUUCAACUACCAAAGGGGCUACUUAUUGCCAGCUAUUGAACAAGUGUGGACGAGUCAUCAGGCAGAACUCCUAACAGAGAUUCAGGGAAGGGAAUGUUCGCUUGCUGGAGAUGGACGCUGUGAUUCACCGGGACACAGCUCCAAGUUCCUCACAUAUAAUUUUUACCAUGAUGGUUUGAACAAGAUUGUCCACACUGUUCAGAUGCAAGCAAACGAAGUUCCUUCAAGCAGCCACAUGGAACUAGAAGCGGUUCGCCGGGGACUUGAAGAACUGGCAGACCUCAACGUUAAAUUAAAGUCCUUCACUACAGAUCGACACCCUGGUGUCCGGAAGUACAUGCGUACUACACAUCCGAAUGUUAGACACCAGUUUGACGUAUGGCACGUGUCUAAAGGUAUCAGGAAAAAGAUGGUGGCAGCCAGCAAGAGCAAAGACUGUGGCGGUUUAGAGCUGUGGGUAAAGCCAGUCACAGCUCACCUGUAUCACUGCGUGACACACAGUGAGGGCGACCCUGAUCGACUUCUCUCCAUGUGGCGGAGCUUUACGAAUCAUGUUUCAAAUAUCCAUCAUGGUCACGAUGGACCAUAUUCACGCUGUCUCCAUGGGCCUCUCACCGACGAAAAGCGACCCUGGCUUCUCCCGAGUAAGAUAUGA